GUUAGAAGUCGUUGCUGCGGUGGCCCAUUCCGGUUUGCAAAGCGUUGUCCAGGCUGCGAUGGGAAGUUUGUCCGCAACGACUGGUAUUGUCCGACUUUCACAUGCAAAGUUCGGGGAGAAAAAGAUCGUUUCCAGUGUCUGGAUCGAAAGCUGCUUUGGUUUGCGCGAUUACAUGCCGGAGCAACUCGCUGAAAAUAUCGUCUUCGACAUGAUCCGAGGAGAGAAGGGAACUGCCUUCGCGGAUGACGAUGAGGUGGCAGAGCUUCUACCAGGGGAAGGAGGAGCUCUUUCAAGGGGGAAUACCUCUAGGCAACCCUUUGGUGCAGUGACAUCGACAACUAGCACAAAUAUUAACGUCUUGAUGAACAACUCUAGUAGUAGUAGUAGUAGUGCAGGUUCUACCGGGAUAAACAGUGCUGCGCCAGGAGGUGAGAACAUGCUAGUUCUAGCGCCAAACGGAACAGAAGGAGGAUCAACAGGGGCUACUGCAUUCAACAGUACGCUAGUCGAAAAGCCGCCCCAAGUAUCACCUCACCAACAAGAAACAUCUGUUGUGAUGAAGAAAAAGGCUUCUCCAGUGAAGAUUGACGACCCAAACAACUUCAUUGUGCCACCGGAGGAUGAGAACAAAAAUGGAAUUUUCAAUUACGGCUAUCAGAAAUUCAUCUUUACGAGUUUUCCUAGGUGGAACGUUCCCCUAGGCGGAACGAAAGAGAGUACAGGGAUGUUCUGGAAGGUGGAUUUCUGUUACAACACUAUCCUCUAAUGUAAAGGUAAGAUUGUCGCUGUGUACUCCCACGACCGGGUACGAUUGAAGAAUAUUACGGCGUUAUUGGUGAGAGAAGGCUGCGCCACGGUGGCCUGUGGAAAGCGAAUAAUCGAUGUGCAAGAUAAAAUCUCCUACUUCGUCCUCGAAAAUGGCACAGCACCUUCAAAAGCAUUACCGAACGUGGAUAAGGUGCAUCUUCGGAAAGACAGAGUCGUGUCCUUCCUCUGGGUAAAUGCCAGCUUACAUGCGGGGAAACUUUUGGGGC